GACAUUGACACGGUUGACAUGACACCGGUGCGAGUAUUUCUUUGUCAAAGUUCUUAUUUUGAAUGCUUUUUGAUUUGUUUACACUCAAUUUAUAUUAGAAAGAAAUAAAAUAAAUAAUAGAAAGAAUGGAACAUGUGGUGCCAAAUAUACAAUAUGUUGGAGACACAAAAGAUUUGUUUAAACUUUCAGGCUGUGUACAGGACUUGUUGCAAUUCAACACUCAACUUAUACAGUCGGUUAAAUCUGAUCUUAUCGAUGUUGAAAUAUUAGAGGAAAUAAAAAAUAUUACUACAUACGAAAAUACAGCUGUUUAUUUUGGCAAAACUUUACGAGACAUAAAAAUUGUCAUAGAGGACGAAGAACUUAGAAAGCAUGAAAUUUACUUGGAGUAUAAAGUUCCGAAAAAGUUAAUUAUUACUAAUCUUAAGUUACCUUCUUCUAUUAAGCUUAAUCGUGAAUAUAGUUGUAUCAAGGAUAUAAUAGAAGCAGUCAAACAAAAUGUGUACGACCUGGCUAGAUAUUUCUAUGAGUUAGAAAAUAUAGAUCAAGUUUGUUGUAUAAUGGAGCCUGUAAAUGGGUCAUUUAAAGACGAUUUUAGAAGAAUCUUUCUCGAUGAUAGAACUUGGCUGCAUGUAGAGGUCACUCCUGAAGGCUUAGCCACCAACAUACAUCUGAUUGGGCAGUCAGAACAUUGGCACAAUAAACUGCAAUCAGGACUACUAAAUUGGGAUCAUGAUAAAAGUAUUGUUGAUAAUAUAAUGACAAUAUUUGAUUUAUUUCAGUUUCCUCAACCUACAUUCAAACAUGGUGCACCACUAGGUAUGGACACUGGAGAUGCCACAGAAAAUGCAAUUGUUUGUGGCAUAUGUUUGUGCACAGAAUUGCCUGACAGCCCUGGUGUACCACAACCUUUAUGCCAGAAUAUAUCCUGUGGGGUUUAUUAUCACAGAACUUGUCUAUAUCAGGUAAUUGUGAUAAGUAUACUAGAUUAUAACAGGUAAACCUGUUUGUAACUACCUGUAUUUGUUUUUGUGCAUAAACAAUCUCUUACAUCAAUAUGAUCUCAAUCUCUUCUUAACUGGUACUUAUAAUUUCUAAUGUGUAAUUUAAUAGACAAUGCAAUUUUGGUUGGAUGGUGUGAAGUUAUUAUAAUAUUACAUUAUUUAAGUACUUUUACAGUGGCUAGUUGCAUGUUCUGGCAGUCGACCACCUGCUUUUGGCGUUGCAAAUGGAAGCUGUCCCACCUGUCUUCAAUCUAUAACGUGUAGCGAAAAAGAUAAUUGAAGUUGUUAUUUAUUUUUAAACUGAACCUGUGAUAAUAAAGAAUUUAAUAAUUACC